UCUUGGACGCAAGAGUGCUAUGGCCACCAAGCAACAACGUCUGUGCGUGAAUGAGGCAGAUGGAGAAGCAGGCUAUGCUCGUAACUCUGCUAUUCAGAGUGCAGCGCAAAACUGGAUGAAACCUGCCAUUGAGGAGGCUGUCAUAGGCUUGCUGAACUUGAAGUCUACCGAUGUCCCCAACAGCAUGGUGAUCGCCGACUUGGGCUGCUCCGCUGGCCCUAACGCGCUAGCGCUAGUCUCGACGGCUGUUGAUGCAGUUCUCCAUCAUCGCCAUGCUGCACAGCAUGAUCAGGGACCACUAGAGGUCCGCGUGCUUUUGAACGACCUCCCUGACAAUGACUUCAAGGAUGUUGCAAAGCGCCUUGUCUCCUUUCAGCAAAGCACCCAAAGCUCUGGCUUGCUUCUGACUGCUGGCAUUGUGCCUGGGUCGUUCUACAAGAGGCUCUUCCCUAGCAACUUCCUGGAUCUAAUUGUAUCGUCCAACAGCCUGCAUUGGAUAUCGGAGGUACCUAAAGAACUGAGGAGUAACAUGAUCCCUUUGUAUGACGAGGACGAGGGCCUUAGGCGAGCAAGGCGCCCUUUGGUCAUUCAGGCUUAUCAUGAACAAUUCAGAAAGGAUUUCACACUCUUCUUGAAAUUGAGGGCUCAAGAAUUGGUCCCUGGGGGUCGGAUGGUGGUUUCCAUGCUAGGUACUCGUGACUAUCUGUGCAUUACACCUUGGGAUACUAUAAUUAUCCCCUUAAACGACAUGGCUUCAAGGGGCUUAAUCAGCAGAGAAAUGCUUGAUCGUUUCUACGUACCGAUGUACGGGCCUUCGGACACGGAACUGCGGGAGAUCAUACAAGAUGACGGUUCCUUCGAGAUCAAUGAGAUGCAGGUGCAUCAAGUGGACAAAACCUUGGUUGUCCCAAACACACUGGCACGUGCCAUGAGAGCUGUAUUCGAGCCAAUGAUAGUGCAGCAUUUUGGACUGUCCAGCGAUUCUAUGGAUGAGUUUGUGAGGACUUUGGAGCAGCAACUGACCCCAGCAAGCCCAUAUCACACUUACCUUGUUGGUGACAGGGUUUUUGUGAGUGCUUCUCUCACGAGAAGGUUUUAAAUGGCGCUCUGCAGCUUAUAGUUGUUGAUACUUUUAAGCAAUGAAAUUAUGAUACUGUUUGGCCAUAUGUAAUUGAUCAUAUA